AUAUAAAACAAGCCAAAGUCAUUAUAAAAGAAAACCAAACAAAAGACCAAGGGAAAAAAAAAUUCAAGAAAGCUUCAGAACCACCAAGAGACAACAUGCUUAAUGACAUUCAAACAAAUAUUGAAAACCUUAACAAGAAGUUAGCAGAAUUAGAAAAAGAA